AUGGGUAUUUGUGCAUCGAAGGAGGACAGGCCUGCAGAGACAGACAGAGCGACUGCUGCAACGGGUGUAGCGACUACGACGACGACGAGACAUGAGACGUCUCCACCAUCUGGAGCUAGGAAUGAGAAGACAGGGCCAUCUGCACAGGAGGAUAGUACGGCAGUUUUGAAGGAGGGACCAAGAGGUGGGAAUGACGUGGUUGCUGCUGAGACCUCAGAUCCGAUGGAUGGUACUCUUAAAGGCGAAUUGAAAGUUUUGUUGUUGGGUGCAGGUGAGAGUGGUAAAUCCACAGUGUUACAACAGUUGAAGAUUAUACACGAAAAUGGGUUCACGGACAGUGAACUUAUUGCGUUUAUUCCUACCAUUUAUAACAAUAUUUUAGAAAUUGGUAAAAAUUUGAUUAAUGGUAGAAACAAAUUCAAUGUACCAUGGGAAGAUAAUCUGUUUAAUAAAGAGGAAAUUGAUAAUUUCAUGAAGCUCGAAGGCUUUGACCCUCAACAACCGGAGAAGUCCCUGCUCUUCCCUGAAAUUUAUCUGAAUCUCCUGAUAAAUCUUUGGAAAUCACAAAACACACAGAAGUUUUUGGCAAGCGCAGAUUCUUCCCAGGUGUAUAUUAUGGAUUCCACAUCAUAUUUCUUACAAAGCUCCAAUAUGAAGAGAAUUAUCACUUCACAGGAAAAUUAUAAACCAACUUUACAAGAUGUUCUAAGAUCAAGACAAAAGACAUCCGGUAUCUUUGAUACACAUAUAUCGAUGUCUUCAAAGCUGAAGCUACAUUUCUUCGAUGUCGGUGGACAAAGAUCUGAACGUAAGAAAUGGAUUCAUUGUUUCGAUAACGUUGCAUUAAUCAUAUUUUGUGUCUCUCUGUCUGAAUAUGAUCAGUUUUUAAUUGAGGAUACUACACAAAACAGAUUUCAAGAAUCUUUAAUUCUUUUCGAGAAUAUUGUCAAUUCAAGAUGGUUUGCAAGAACCUCUGUAGUACUUUUCUUGAAUAAAAUUGAUUUAUUUGCUGAAAAAUUAAAACAUAAACCCUUAGAAAAUUAUUUCCCAGAUUACAACGGUGGUAAUGACAUCAACAAAGCAACCAAAUACAUUCUAUGGAGAUUCAUGCAAUUAAACAAAGCAAAUUUGAACGUUUAUCCUCACGUCACUCAAGCUACUGACACUUCAAACAUUAAACUAGUUUUCGCUGCUAUUAAAGAAACCGUCCUAGAAAACAGCUUGAAAGACACGGGUGUCUUGUAA